GCGAGCUUCUUAUAAAAAGACGUCGGGCGUCGCGACGCUUUACUCACGAGACGCGCGUCGGCCCGGCAUAAUUAAUAAGUGGGAUAGCCCUCGGAUAUCUUCAAAAUCCAAAAUACUAGAAACACUCUCGUAGUUCGACCGCGACUCGUUCGAGGUUAUUAUUCCGCGUUAACAGUAUUACUAGUUUUUUAUACGUCGCUUAUACACCGCCCGAGAAGUCUACAAAGCGCCGCAACAAUGUCUACGGUAAUGUUCGAAUCUUUGGGAGACAAGGUAGCGCUGUUCAAUCAGCAAGCCAACAAGCACAUGGAUGGUCAGAAAAAGAAUCCCUUCACGUCCGGCAUAAAUAUUGAAAAGCCAAAAUUCUCUAAGGAAGAGUACGGAAGGCCUGCUGCUGGAUCCCUUUCCGACAUCCGAGGUCGAAAAGCAUCCGCACACAUUCUACGAGAAAUUCUCGAGCUUUGCGAGAUUAUUAAUCAAAAUGGCACCCCUUGCCGCGACCAACCAGAAAUCAUCGGCAUCACUUUCGGUGAUCUCUUCAACAUUUACACGUACGUCAGCGACAAAUGCGUGGGCCUUCUUCUAAGAGCCAGGAAGCAAAAGCUCGUCGAAUUUGAGGGAGAAUGUCUAUUCCAAAGGAGAGACGACCACGUUCCCAUUUUCCUGACGAAACCGAUCGCGGAAAUCAGGAAGUCCUUCAGAGAGAGAUUGCAAGAAAUCGAAGCGGAGACGCAUAGUUAAUUAUAUAAAAGGAAUCCGAUUUUUCAAACCAUUCUCAUGAAACAUUCAUCGCGCGAAGCGGCGCCCUUAAGCCGCGAAGGAAUGUACAAAUUCGAGGAAGCCGAUUGACCAUCGAUAAUUUGUUACUUAUUAUCCAACAAUUAGUACGUCGUGCGAGUGUGAGUGCCAGACGAGUGAUAAGGGACUGUAAAUAUUGUAUGGUAAUUUCAGGAAAUGUGAUAUUCAUAGAUUAAUUGGAAUAAAACUGAAUUUUUCAAA